AGCUAUUGACCUUAUAUUUUCAACGUUCAUUGGUCCACGUCCAUCUGGCAAAUUUUCGUGUGUUGGAAAGUAAAGCUGAAAGUAAUGCAACCGAAUCUCCAAUACCUCUUUUGUAUUGUUUACUUAUUUGGCUACAGUGCCUCUAGUAACAUUGACCCAGAUGAAGUGAGAGCAGAAACAAUUGAUGUCAGGCCCUUAGGAAAAAGGAUAACAGAAGAAAAAGAUUUGGAAGGAUUUACCUGUUCUUUUACCUAUCAAGCUGAGGGAGGAACAGAUGAACAAUGGCUGAUGAAGUUAUCUGUAGAUGAAACAAAGACACAGUUUGCCUGCUCUGUAGAAAGAGAAAGUGGAAUGUCAUAUUUAUAUUUUGAAAAUUUCAUUAUGACUGGCAAAGGAGGAAAAGCAGUUGAAGGAACUGUACUGGGAUCUCAAGGAAAACCCUUAAAAGUCGAAGAAUACAAAGUAGAUAUACCUGAGAACACAGUUAGCAGUGUAGAUGGCAAAUUUGAGCACAUGCUGGACAAAGUAGAAAUUGUCCUAAAAAAGCAAAAAGAAGAGUUGUAAGAUCAAUGACCUCAGCAGUAUAGGACUACUAACUAUGCAUCUAGAGUGAAAAUAUGUGUGUCUCGUUUAAUGAGACAUUGGUAAUAGAAAAUUAUGGGAAAAUGUAUGAAAUUUGUUAACAAUUAUUUUGUCAAAAUGUAAAGAAAUCACUUCUGAGAAAAGGAGAAUUUCAAGUUGAAAACCAAAAACAAUGAAAAAUACUUUAUCUAGAAACUAAUGCUAUCCUGCUUCUUUUCCAAUACUGGUCUAACAUAUAAUUUAUUAUAAGAACUAGUAUAAGCAUUUAUGACACUACAGUAAGUCAUUAUUUUUGGUUUAAGAGAAAAUUUAAUAAUUUGUUUUAUAAAUAAAUGUAAAUGUUUAUAAACCCUAUUUAUAGACAAAAAGUUUUCUUGAAUGAUUUUUUUUGCUUUGAAAGGUGUUGAAGUUGGUGCUGUAGCCACACCAUCUAAAACAUUAUCUCUGAACAUUAGACAUUAAUUAUAUAGCUUAAAAAAAUGAUAUAGAACCUGCAUUUCUAAACAAAUAAGCAUCUUUAGUACUGUAAAUUCAGAAAUUAUUGCAUGCAUUUAUUAUUGCAAUUUUGUCAUUUUAGACUUAAAUGCGAUUUUAAUUUUUACGAUUUUGAGAAAAAUUCUGUUAAAAUCAUAUAAAAUAUUUCAAAAAUGCGAGUUUAAAUUAUUGCGUUUACAACUCAGUCGCAUUUCUCGCAAUAAUAAAAACCUUGCAUUAAUUUCUGAAUUUACAGUAUACAUUUGUCAUUCAUACUCAUUAAUGUUAUGAUUGCUGCAGUAAUGGCUGACAGAUGAGACACAUGAGAGUAAAUGGAUUAUUGUGUAUAUAAGUGGCAUUCUCCUUAUUUUUGAUAUGAUAAAUUUGUUGUAUUUUAGAUAUAUUGUUAUUUGUCAUCUACAGCUUACAAUGGUAUUUUAGUUUUAAAAAAUGUAUGCCACCAUUGAAAUGGAUGUGAUUUAUUUUAUAUUUGUAAAUGGAAAUUGAAAAAAGGUUGCAAAAAGUAAAAGUUAAUAAUAUAGAUAUUGGUCAUUAUUCUGUAUAAAUCUUGCUGAGAAAACAAAUAAAUUACCCAAAAGGACAGCUAGUUAAGUUCAUACAAUAAAAUAAAUGUAUAUAAGUGGAAUAGCUGGCUACAGACCAUAUAUAUUUGUUUAAAUGUAGAUUAGUUUGCUUUUUUAAGAACUUCAAUACCUGAAAACUUAGUUUUCUGUUUUAUUCAGUAAUUUAAGAUUUGUUGAUGUUUGUCCUUUUCAUUAUUCUUACUGUAAGUUGAUAAAUGAAUUUCAUUGCUCAUACAACAGGGUGAACAGGAAGCAUAAUACAAUUAAACUAGAUACAUACAUUCCUUUAUCAUUUUGGUGCAUUUCACUUCAUUGACCUUUUUUUUUUAUAAAUGAAACCAUUCACAGCUGUUAUCUGUUCUUUGGUCGGGUUUGUCGUCUCUUUGGCAUAUUCCCCAUUUCCAAUCUCAAUUUUACAUUCUCUUUUGGGGAAAACAACCAACCGUGAGAUGGCUGUAUAGCCAGCCAAGGACGUUAAACACUUCCAGUUGUUGUUU